AUGAACAACACACAGCUUCCCUCCCUGUUCCCCGACAUCCGACUGUUCGGCAAGGUCAACGACGCCAUGCUCUCCGAAUUUUUCAGGCAGCAGGCAGAAGUGCCUGCCAACAAGGCCAUCGUCAUGGAGCUCAGCACCUCGGGCGGUGACGCAGACAUAGGCCGGCGCAUCGCGCAGGAGGUUCGCAUGUGGACGCAGACCGGGCGUGACGUCUUCUUUCUCGGAAAGACCUUCGUUUUUUCUGCAGGCAUCACCAUCAUGUCGGCCUUUCCGCGCAGCCAGCGCUUCGUGACGGGCGACUGCGAACUGCUGAUCCAUGAGCGCAAGAUGAAAAAGGACCUGCACCUGGAAGGCGCUCUACGCGGCUGCAUGUCUGCCGUGAAUGACGUGCUGGCCGAGAUUGAGUCGGGCCAGCGUCUGGAGCGCGAGGGCUUUGCGCAGCUGGCAGAGGGCUCCACCCUCUCGGCCACCGACAUCGGCAACAAGGUCUACAACAAGGACUGGUAUCUCACGGCACAGGAGGCGCUCGACCUGCGCCUUAUACAGGGCGUGGUGUAG